GUUUCCGGUGUCUUAUAACAUUUUACUUCCUUCCACACAGGCUGACACGAACAAACGAGAAAGAAGACGUCGUUAAGUUUUGAAUGUUACCGCCAGUAGUCGGAUUUUGAACUUAGUUUUUUGUUAUUUUCUGUUGUAAAAUCCGCGGUAUGUGGCGAAUGGUGUCGGAGGACUGAAGAAUCGCUGCAAAACGUAGUCCGUAACGUGUAGGCCUCCGAAGAAAGUUUGGUCGAGGGCCUGUAAACAACAUGUCCUCCGCCUCGCAGUCUUCCUCGAGACGGCAAUGGUGCUACCUCUGCGACCUGCCCAAGAUGCCUUGGGCUAUGCUGUGGGAGUUCAGCGAAGCUGUAUGCCGGGGUUGUGUCAACUACGACGGCGCAGACCGGAUAGAACUCCUCAUUGAAACUGCCAGGCAGCUGAAGAGCACUCACGGAGUUUUAGACGGCAGGUCCCCUGGUCCACAGCAGGGCAAACCCAGCUCUGCUGGGCCCCUUGAAGCGGGGCGGCAUCACGGAGAGCGUGUAGACCGGGGGAGGGGUGAGUACGGGGCUUCUUCUCGCCUCCCCAAUGGUCUGCACAGAGCUGAAGAUGUAGCUUUGUCAGAGGGCAGCCGACAGAGCCCGAACACUCGUCGGGCUAUGCCUGGGGUAGUUUCUAGUCUUCAUAACACCAUACCCCAUGCCUUGAUAGCUCAGGGGCUAGUAGCAACAGCUUCUCAUGGGAUUUUAACCCCAUUAACAAGCACGAGAGCUGGGGCCGCUCCUAUUGCCGUCUCAGCUGGCUCCAUAAUAAGCGACAGUGGCAGAAGACAGGCUGUGUCCCUGGGUAUGGGACCUAGCACUUCUACUCUAGUGGGCAUAGAUCCGGCAGUGUGGAGGAACAGUGAAGUAAUGGCUGAACUGAAUGAGGUGGCUCGUAGUAGAGUGGAAGGCUGGCCUAACCGUCCCAAAGCAGUUCGGGAUGUGCUGGUAGCUCUCAGCAGCUGUGUCCCCUUCAAUGUGCGCUUCAGGAAAGACCAUAAUCUGAUGGGGCGUGUUCUGGCCUUUGAUGCUAGCGCUACUCCAGAGUUUGAGCUGAGGGUGUUCGCGGAGUAUCCCUCUGGCUCUGGAAUGAUCUACUCAGGAGUUCCAGAUCUGGUCAGGCAGAUGUUCCGUGACUCCGCCAAAGAUGCUGGUAAGGCAGUAAACUCUGGGCUGCGCUAUGUGGAAUAUGAGAAACGGCAAGGCACCGGAGACUGGCGUGGGCUGUCUGAGCUGUUGAAUGAUGGUGUGCGUAUGUUUAAAGAGCCUCCAAUCCCAGAGGUUCUGCCACAGCCAGACCCAGUGCUGUCUUUGGCAGCUCCUGGACGCCCCGGACCAGCCAAGGGCACCACCAGGCGCCGAAAGGCUUCUCCAGGCUCUGAGAACGGAGAGAGUGAGGGAAGGGCCGAACACCCUGUGAGGGAGCCCUGGCCCCGGGGCACGUACUCAGGCAUGGAACCUCUUCCUGGCAUGGCUGUACCUCAAGAGGGCCCACCUCGUCUACACAACCAGCCUUCACCCAUCUCAGCACUUAUGGGAGUGGCAGAUGGCCUGAGUUCCAGUCACAUGGCCAGAGAGAGCCCCAGUAUGUCCACAGCCCACUCCUCCUCAGCUGGGCGCCCCACCAGCAGCAGCCCCUCGACUCCCUCCACCUCAGUCUCUCAGGCAGCUGUAGGGCAGGGUCUGAGCACUGGAGGACAAAGUAACAACACAAACACUGGGGAGUCUACAAGUAGCACCCCAGGCACCCUGCUUUGCUGCACCCUCUGCAGAGAGCGCCUGGAGGACACUCACUUUGUCCAGUGUCCCUCAGUCCCGCACCACAAGUUCUGCUUCCCCUGCACCCGAGGGUUCAUCCGCAGCCAAGGUCAAGGAGGAGAGGUUUACUGCCCCAGCGGAGAACGCUGCCCCCUGGCCGGAUCCACUGUGCCUUGGGCCUUCAUGCAGGGUGAGAUCUCAACCAUCCUAGCUGGAGAAGGAGAUGUGACAGUAAAGAAGGAGAACGACCCUUGACCCUCCAUCCUUUUGGCAGUGAAUGUGGAUUAAAACACAGUGAAAGCACUUACCUAUAAUGUCAAGCAGAGGUCCACUUUGGCUGUAGUUCAUCAUGUGUGCCUCCAAGAGCCAAAUAACUCUGAAGCCCAGGAGGACCACUACACAAAGACCGGUAACUCGAGACAAGACUCACUCACGAGAGGAGGGAAACGUCUGAGCAUCGGGGCUGCAUCGUGAUCGAAUCAAGUCUUGACCCAAUCUCUCUCCAUCCUUUUAAAAAAACAAAA